UACAACAAAAUGGCGGCUGCGAAGGAUGCUGUUGUUAUUAUUUUGGAUGUGGGGCCGUCGAUGUGCCAAGCUCUCGCAGGUCAUUCCACAUCGCUGGAGGUUUCUGUGAAAGCAAUCAAUAUGAUCAUACAGAGAAAGGUACAUGUGUGUGUAGCUGUCUCCCUACAGCAGCCCUGUACGUUGUUGGGUACAAUAUUACUUCAGGCAGUGAAAUUUUUCUUUAUCUUAUUAUUUACAGGUGGUGUUGAAACGGACUUCAUUGAUGCUAUUGUAGUUGGCAUGGACUUGUUGCGAGAACAGACAAAAGGCAAGAAGUGCGAGAAAAAGAUGUACCUCUUUUCUGACCUUGGUUCACCAUUUGGUAAUGACCAGCUGGAGGCCAUUAUUGAUGGCUUAAAGGAAAUGGAAAUCCACAUGACAUUAAUGUGAGUGUGGAACUUUUUAACUUCCAGAUUCACGGGGAUGUACUGUAGCCAACAAUAUACAAAGUAGGCACCUUCCAAAUUUCCCCAAGUCUUUGUUCGCUAGUGAAACUUCAUUUUCAAUGGCGAAAUUUAAUGGCUCUUACAUGUAAUGGAUCAUGUGUACUAAAGGCAUCCUUGGUCAAGUGCUGAUCAAUACCCUUGAAUUUGACACUCAAUUGAUACUCGAUUGA